GAUUUUAAAAAACAGUUGAUUUUUCUAUUAUAUCAAUUAUUUGACGUACCACCACUGAUUGUUAUCAGCUUGGAUGGUUUCCAGUCCGGGUACUUAGAACGUGGCUUAUCACCUGCAAUAUAUCGUUUGCAAGAAUGUGGUACUUAUAGCAAAUAUAUGUUACCUAGUUAUCCAUCAAAGACUUUUCCGAAUCAUUAUACCAUUUCUACUGGUCUAUUUCCUGAAAGUCAUGGAAUCAUUGAUAAUUACAUGUAUGACAGGAAUGUCAACGAUCCUGGAGUUAGCACAUUCGUUCCCUUGAAAAUUGGCCAAAAAUGUUUUUAA